AUGCAUUUCUAUUCCGCGGUUAAGAUGGGGACCGACAAUCACUAAACCGCCGAAGUUAGACUCUUUGUGUGUUUGUUCACAAAGACACUUCAGCCUGUGCUUGUGUAUCAGACAAAAGGUGCAGCAAUUAUGGAGACUCAAUAUCCAACCUCUCACCACAGUUCCGCUUGUACGCUUAGAAUAAGAUAAGCGGGGCUGAAAUUGGAAGUUCUAGGUAAGGAGAGGGAGGACAGAAGCAAGGCGUACACUGCCACGCAGUCUGCAGAUGCCGUGAGGGAGACCCUGCUCGUGUUCCUGCAAGUGAUGAAACAGGUAUCCAGGGAGCGUAGGAGUUUGGUCCAAAGGACAAGGGCUAAAGGGCUGGACUCUUGUCACUCUCAGUCUGUCCUCUGGCUACCUGCCUGGCUGGGAACAGGCAGGUUUCGCUUGCAAUUUUUUGGGGGGCAGGGGAGGCAGUGUCUGUGUGGAUUGUAGCUGCGGGUAUCUCCUUUUCAAGAGCCUCCCUGGGAGGCAGCAACUGGGCACGGUUCAUCCAGCCGCGAGUUCAUGUGACCCUCACCUUGCUGGUUCGCACUGCAGAGCAGAGCCCAAGGCCGACGCCUCUCGGUUUGCGCUGCUGGUCAUCUCCUGUGACUGUGGAUCGCUGAAACAGGUCCCCAAAGGCACCGGAAGAAUGCUCAGAGGCCGGUCCUUGUCUGUGGCUUCCCUGAGUGGGCUCCCUGUGUGGGAAGCCGAAAGACUCCCCGUGGAAGACUUACUGCUUUUUGAAGUUUCUUGGGAGGUGACCAACAAAGUUGGGGGCAUCUAUACUGUGAUUCAGACCAAGGCCAAAACAACAGCAGAUGAAUGGGGAGAAAACUACUUUCUGAUAGGUCCCUACUUUGAGCACAAUAUGAAGACUCAAGUAGAACGGUGUGAGCCCGUCAAUGAUGCUGUCAAGAGAGCCAUGGAUGCCAUGAAUAAGCACGGCUGCCAGGUGUAUUUUGGAAGAUGGUUGAUAGAAGGGAGUCCAUACGUGGUGCUUUUUGACAUAAGCUCUUCAGCAUGGAACCUGGACAGAUGGAAGGGUGACUUCUGGGAAGCAUGCAGCGUUGGCAUCCCGCAUCAUGACCGAGAAGCCAACGACAUGCUUAUAUUUGGGUCUCUAACUGCCUGGUUCUUAAAAGAGGUGACAGAUCACGCAGACGGUAAACAUGUCAUUGCCCAAUUCCAUGAAUGGCAGGCUGGAACCGGGCUGGUCCUUUCUCGUGCCAGGAAACUCCCCAUCGCUACAAUAUUUACAACCCAUGCCACACUACUUGGGCGGUAUCUCUGUGCAGCAAAUAUUGACUUCUACAACCAGCUUGACAAGUUCAACAUAGACAAAGAGGCGGGCGAAAGGCAGAUUUAUCACCGCUACUGCAUGGAGCGGGCCUCGGUGCACUGCGCGCACGUGUUCAGCACGGUGUCCGGAAUCACAGCCAUCGAGGCGGAGCACAUGCUGAAGCGGAAACCUGAUGUAGUAACUCCAAAUGGCUUGAAUGUUAAGAAGUUUUCUGCAGUGCAUGAAUUUCAAAAUCUUCAUGUUAUGUACAAGGCCAGAAUCCAGGAUUUUGUUCGGGGUCAUUUCUAUGGUCAUUUGGAUUUUGAUCUCGAGAAGACUUUAUUCCUUUUCAUCGCUGGGAGGUAUGAGUUCUCAAACAAGGGAGCUGACAUCUUCCUGGAAUCCUUAUCCAGGCUCAAUUUCCUCCUAAGGAUGCAUAAGAGUAACGUCACUGUGGUGGUGUUUUUCAUCAUGCCUGCCAAGACAAACAAUUUCAACGUGGAAACCCUGAAGGGCCAGGCGGUGCGGAAACAGCUGUGGGACACCGCACACGCUAUGAAGGAGAAGUUUGGAAAGAAACUCUACGAUGGGUUACUGAGAGGAGAAAUUCCUGACAUGAAUAGUAUCUUGGAUCGAGAUGACAUAACAAUUAUGAAAAGAGCCAUUUUUUCGACUCAGAGACAGUCUUUGCCGCCUGUCACCACUCACAACAUGAUUGAUGACUCCACGGAUCCCAUUCUCAGCACCAUCAGACGGAUUGGACUUUUCAACAAUCGUGCAGACAGAGUCAAGGUGAUUUUACACCCAGAAUUUCUGUCCUCCACCAGCCCCCUGCUACCCAUGGAUUAUGAAGAGUUUGUCCGGGGUUGUCAUCUUGGGGUAUUUCCAUCGUACUAUGAACCCUGGGGUUACACUCCAGCCGAAUGCACGGUCAUGGGCAUCCCGAGUGUGACAACAAACCUCUCAGGCUUUGGGUGUUUCAUGCAGGAGCAUGUGGCUGACCCUACUGCGUAUGGUAUUUACAUAGUCGACCGGCGCUUCCGAUCUCCAGAUGAUUCUUGCAAUCAGCUGACUCAGUUUCUCUAUGGGUUUUGCAAACAGUCACGCCGUCAGAGAAUCAUCCAGAGGAACCGCACAGAGAGGCUCUCAGAUCUUCUGGACUGGAGAUACCUAGGCAGGUAUUACCAGCAUGCCAGACACCUGAGUCUAAGCAGAGCUUUUCCAGACAAAUUCCAUCUGGAGCCCACCUCACCUCCAACGACGGAUGGGUUUAAGUACCCCAGGCCCCCGUCAGUACCACCAUCUCCAUCGGGAUCUCAGACCUCCAGCCCUCAGAGCAGCGAUGUGGAAGAUGACAGAGACGAGGAUGAAGAUGAAAGAUACAAUGAGGAAGAGGAGGCCGAGAGGGACCGGUUAAACAUCAAGUCACCCUUUUUCCUGAACCACAUACCAAAGGGGAAGAAAAAGCUCCACGGGGCAUAUAAGAACUGAUCCAGAGUGAGCAAAGUAAGAAUGACUCUGGGAGAAAGUGAAAAUGCUUGAUUCCUUUUCCUUCUGAAAAUCACAAUCACAAUGGUCUCUGCCCGUAAAGAAUGGCGGCGAUUACGUCUUGUAAUUUGGAAUACAACAAUGUUGUAUUGUAUGGCAUUACUACGUUUUAAUCUUCAAGUCUUGUCCCCGCAAAUCUAAAGAUGAGGAGAGUUUUUAAAGUGGCAGGACCAGAGGCAUUUUAAAGAUGGGCAAUUUAGUUGGAGAUGGUGACUCAUACCCAUAAUUUUAGCAUUCAGAAGGCUGGGACAGGAGGUGCCAAGGCCAGACGGGGUUAAAGAGUGAGACCCUACAUUAAAAUGGUUAAUGUAAGUGAUAAGAAAAUUCAAAAAUCAUAAUCCUUUGAUUAAUUUAUGAAGCUUGCCUCUUCCUGAAAAGAUUAAAUCUGAACUAUGAUUGUGUGGCUCACGUAUUUUAGAUCAGCAAGACUUUGUUACUCAUUUGUCAUUUGAAUUAAAGCCAUGGGUUUCUAUUUUGUUCUGCAGAUGACUGUCAAAAUCCACAAGAAAACAAACUACCCCACAUCCAUAUUCUGAUGUAUGCCAAUGGAUAUUUACUACAUGAUGUCUGGCAUCUAGAAUUUGUGUUCAAAUCAUUGAUAAUAAGAUGUUACCACCAAUGUAUGUUACCUUAUUGUAACAGUACUUUAGUUGUUUAAAUGGAAAUUUCAAUAUUUUAUAGAUAAUAAGUUGCCAAAUCCAAGUGAAUAAAUGUGUCACUAUAGA